AUGUAUCCCUGGAACUCUUCCACGUACGGCGGCCAAGCGCCCACUGGUGGCCAAACCAGGACGAUGCCGAAUGGUUUGGACGACCAGGAGAAGCUACUCGCCGAGGCGGCCAGUGCGGCGCGUAAACAGGCAUUCCAAAUGAAUCACUUUCUGGACAAGGAGCGAAUGCUGGACGCACUGAAAUGUGCCAGCACGAUGCUAAGCGAGUUGCGCACCUCGGUGCUAUCACCGAAGAGCUAUUACGAAUUGUAUAUGUCCAUCACGAAUGAACUGUGCCACCUGGAGCUGUAUCUAAGCGAGAAGAACAACAAGGAGACGGAUCUAUAUGAACUGGUUCAGUACUCGCACACGAUAGUGCCACGUCUCUAUCUGCUCAUCACUGUGGGCAUUGUGUACAUAAAGAACGAUUCGACGUUAAAGCGCAGUAUUCUGAAGGAUCUGGUGGAGAUGUGCCGAGGCGUGCAGCAUCCGCUGCGCGGUCUCUUCUUACGCAAUUAUCUGCUGCAGUGCACCCGCAACAUACUGCCCGACGUUCUGGUAGCAGAGAAUGAGCACGAGGGCAACGUGUAUGAUGCCAUCGACUUUGUGCUGACGAAUUUCGCUGAGAUGAAUAAAUUGUGGGUGCGCAUGCAGCAUCAGGGCCACUCAAGCGAGAAAACCCGCAGAGAAAAGGAACGUGAAGAGCUGAAAAUUCUGGUUGGCACAAACUUGGUGCGUCUGUCGCAGCUGGAGUCUGCCACACUGGAGACGUACAGGCGUUUGAUACUGCCUGGCAUACUGGAGCAGGUGGUCAGCUGUCGAGAUGCCAUUGCGCAAGAGUAUCUAAUGGAGUGCAUCAUCCAAGUAUUUCCCGACGAGUUUCAUUUGCAGACACUCGAUCCGUUCCUAAAGUCCUGCGCCCAGCUGGAGACAGGCGUGAAUGUUAAAAAUAUCAUAAUAUCGCUCAUCGAACGACUGGCAGCCUAUAAUCAACGCAGUGGCAAAUCGAGCGGCAAUGCCAUCGAUGCCAUCAUACCCGCCGAAGUGGAGCUGUUUGAGGUGUUCAGCGUACAGGUGGCAAACAUUGUGCAAACGCGCACGGACAUGCCGCUGGAGGACACAAUAUCGCUACAAGUGGCCUUACUCAGCUUAGCACAGAAAGUGUAUGCCGAUCGGGUUGACUAUGUGGACAAAGUGCUAGGCACAACCGCAAAAAUACUCGACCGCAUGAACAUGAACAACAUUUCGCACCUGUUGUCUGUAAAUCAGGAACUGUCUCGUCUGCUGCGCAUCUGCAUUGACUUCUACAACAACGCGCUGACCAUUAUACAAUUGCAAAACUUUUGUCCUCUGUUGGAGAAGUUUGAUUACACUUCGCGCAAAUCGUUGGCUUUAUAUUUAGUUAUGAACAUAUUGGAGAAUGAGACGCUGGUGCCCACAGCCGAUCAGGCAGAUAGCAUAUUAACGAUCAUAACACCGCUGAUCAAGGAUGACGAGACGAACACGACAGCUGCCAAUAAUAGUGCCGACGCCGAAGAGUUUGCGGAGGAGCAGGGCGUUGUUGCACGGUUUAUACAUCUCUUAAAAUCUGAUGAGCCGGAUAUGCAAUACAAAAUGCUGCAGAUAGCCCGCAAACAUUUGGGCCAGGGCGGAGGCCAGCGACUGAAGCACGUCCUCCCUCCACUUGUAUUUGCCGCCUAUCAACUGGCGUUUAAAUACAAGGCAAUUGCUGAACAGGAUGAGAACUGGGACAAGAAAUGCCAGAAGAUUGUGCAGUACUGCCACAGCACAAUCAGUGCAUUGGCCAAAGCGGAUUUGCCAGACCUGGCAUUGCGCCUGUACCUGCAAGGUGCCUUGGUUAUUGGCGAGAUUCGGUACACAAAUCACGAGACUGUGGCAUACGAGUUCAUGACGCAGGCCUUUUCGCUGUACGAAGAUGAGAUAUCCGACUCGAAGGCGCAACUAGCGGCCAUAACGCUCAUCAUGUCCACAUUUGAGCAAAUGUCCUGUUUUGGCGAGGAGAACGCAGAGCCGCUGCGCACCAAUUGCGCGCUGGCCGCGUCCAAACUGCUGAAGAAGCCAGAUCAGUGUCGGGGUGUGGUGGCCUGUGCGGCGCUCUUCUGGAGCGGCAAGCAAAAUGGCGAGGAAAUGCGGGACGAGAAACGUACGCUGGAUUGUCUAAAGAAGGGCGCACGCAUCGCUUCACACUGUCUGGAUACGGGAGUGCAAGUGCAGCUGUACGUGGAGCUGUUGAAUCAUUAUCUAUUCUACUUUGAGCGCGGCAAUUCUCUCAUCACAGUAGCCAUGCUGAAUCAGCUCAUUGCUAAGGUAAACGAAGAGCUGCCAAAUCUGGAACCUAGCGAGGAAACCAAGCAGAUCGAGAGUCAUUAUAAGAAUACGCUGGCACAUUUGCGCAGUCGCAUGGAGUCAAAUGACGCCGCACUGGAAGUCUCGUUUGCUGGCAUCACACUCAAUUAAAGACGAAAUCCUCCUUAAUUUGCGACCCACUUAAACACAGUAAACAACGCCCCUCGAUCACGCAUAUUUUUGUAAUGCUGCUUAUCAGUCGGCAAAUAGUUAAACCCACUCUUUCAAAGGCUGGAUAAACAGAAUAAUACAGAACCUUGAAAAGCGAUCAAAACAACGGUAUAAACUGUGUUUUCUAAAAGAAACAAGAUUCCAUGAUAAAUUGUAGUAUGUCUAAGAUAGUGCGAGACUAUCCAAAAAAUCAAAAAAACAUGAAAAGAGAAGUGCUUAAAAGUUUGAUUUUCGAUUAUAUACGUGUAAGUGCAAAGUGUCAACAUUCUCGAUGAUUUUUCUCCUUUAUUAUCAUUAUCGUGUAUUUAGUUCAUAAUUACAAGUAAUUAUCCCC